CUCACACUCCUCACGAAAGUAGUUGCUCGACCAGAAUUACCAUUCUACAUAUAUGCUGCUCCUCCUAAGAAGCAGAUAAAAGACACGUCACAGGAUUUUUACUCUGCUGGCUUUGUUCCUAGUGUAAUUGCGUAUUUUUCAUAUGAUAUACCAAAAGAUGAUGCUUCAGAUACCAAGUCAGGUCCCUUCCUUCAGGAAGAGAUCAUGUCUUUUAAAGGUUUGGAACUCCUCUCUAAGCAUGCAAAGCCUGUUGAGUCUGCACCAGAAAUGAUACCAGAGGCAUCACCUCCUGUUGUUCAAGAGAAGAAGCCUGCAGAGAAAAAACCCGUUAAACCAAAGUGGCUGAAAUUGUGACAUGAAUCACAUGAGUUCUGUAAAUUGAAGAGCGCAACUCCCUAUCUUUGAGAUUGUGCUGAUUCUGACCGUUAUUUGAUGGCUGCAACUUGCCGUCGGAUAUUUGUUAGGAGUUUAAAGAGAUAACUUUUGCAUAUGGCGACACUUGUGCUUUGCUAAGGUGGUUCAUAUUUUCUAAAACAAUGUAUGAAUGUUAACCAUAUAUGAAAUGUCAGUGACUGUGCUGCUAAUUAUUUUGCCUUUUCA